AGGAGGAGAAAUUGAGUUUCUCACAGUGACUGCAUAUGAAGGGACAGAAGAAAGGAAGCGUUUCUUGCGCGUCCGCAAGUCAUAUGACAGCACCAAGCACUUCCUCCAUACUUGUGCGAACGCCACAACACUGGCAGCUUUUUGUUGAAGUUGAGUAGUAAUAUCAACUUCAAGAUGUUGGCACUUAUAAACCGGCUUUUGGACUGGUUCAAGUCCCUCUUUUGGAAAGAGGAGAUGGAGUUGACUCUGGUUGGACUUCAACACUCGGGGAAAACCACAUUUGUUAACGUUAUAGCUUCUGGGCAUUUUAGUGAAGACAUGAUCCCUACAGUUGGAUUCAACAUGAGGAAGGUCACAAAAGGCAACGUUACCAUCAAGAUCUGGGAUAUAGGAGGGCAGCCGAGGUUCAGGAGCAUGUGGGAACGUUACUGUCGGGGAGUUAACGCAAUUGUAUACAUGGUGGACGCAGCUGACCGUGAGAAGGUGGAGGCUUCCAGAAAUGAGCUGCACAAUUUGUUAGAUAAGCCUCAGUUGCAAGGAAUUCCUAUUUUGGUUCUUGGCAACAAAAGAGAUAUCCCCAGUGCUCUAGACGAGAAGCAGCUCAUUGAAAACAUGAACUUGGCAGCUAUUCAAGACAGAGAGAUUUGCUGCUAUUCUAUUUCCUGCAAAGAGAGAGACAACAUAGAUAUCACACUGCAGUGGCUCAUCCAACACUCAAAAUCUGGGAGAAGCUGAAAGUACAGGAACUCUGUCCUCCCAGCUCCAUCUGCCAUGUUACCCUCAUGCCACACCCUGUUCACUCUGUGAUGAUGAUGUACAGUGUUCCCUCCAACUUGCUGCACUGUUCCCCCCGCUCGUGCCCCCCUGUUGUUCUAAUUUCAUCCCAUGAUUCUCCCCCACAAAACCCCAUACUACUGCACUACUAAAAGAUGGUACCCGCUGGUCUAUACCAAAUUCCACAUCCCAUGAGUCACAGAAUGGGCAUUACACCUCUGCCAUGAGGGGCUACUUUAGUCUCCUGAACGGAGAGAGGUUCAGUCUGUCUGCCUUUUGCAUUCUACGGGCUAAACAACAGGCGUUUCCCACACCUGUAAGCCCAACAACCCAACUGUCUAUAACACUAGUGUAGCGAUCCUACACCCUCAGGAUGGGUUGUUUAGCCAUUCACUGGGUCCUCUAAUCAUGAUACAUGUUCUCCAGACAGUCCUGUGUGAAGCUAUAGGGGAAAGAACAUAGACAUUCACUACAUGACCAAAAGUAUGUGGACACCUGCUUGUCGAACAUCUCAUUCCAAAAUCAUGGGCAUUAAUAUCCA